AUGUCUGCGCCCAACGAACACGUCAAUUUGGUCACCCGCUCUGUCAUGCCCGCGUCACAGGAUGAAACCGUGGCAGAAAGUUGGCGGAUGAGAGACGGGAGUAAAAGCAACAAGAAAGGAUGCAGCCUAACGGAAGGCCAGCAAACAGAUGGUAAAGAAGCCACUGAAGCCUCCCUCGGGUUUAUGGAAGUUCCUUCUCACAAAAUAUCCAGGCCCGAAAACUUCGAGGAAGCCCCUGCUGAGUUGGCAUCUACUAUUCAUGAACUCGACAUUGGCAGUGCACAGAUCUAUAAACCCCAUACUGAUGCCAACCCCGAUAUGGGAGACUUGAUUCCUGGACAGAGCAGUGGGCCGUACUCUAACACGUCCACAUCUCCAUUGGGAAUUUGGGACACUAGCAAGGACGUACCCGCAAGUUCUCUCCUUGAGAUGUGGACUGAGGAAGAUCUGCUGAAGUUUGGAAUUCACGAGGGCAUGGACAUAAGCUACGGCCUCCCGCUUUUCGAGGAGAAUGUUCGUGAAUACCACACAGCAAAAACAGCCUUAGGCAACCGAACCGAGAGCUACGGGGGCAUAAACGUGACAUUUGGCCUUCCUCCAUGGAUUCAAACUAACUUCAGCGACACGGGAGAAACGCCAGAAAAGAACAGCAAUCGAUACCAUAAUGAACAUCUUGGCGCACCAUUCGCCCAAGUUUCUGGCCUUUCUCCAACUCCACCCCGCAAAGAUACGGAUUGCACAGCUUUGCGGUCUGUCUCGUUGAGUGCUGUUGGUACCCCCACGGUGGCAGAAUCCCGCACACUGCCUUUUUCAGAGAUCAAAGAUUCUGCAGCAACUGGGGACACAGACAUCGACUUCCCCUGCUCCCGCAAGAUUCCUAGCGCCUCUGAACGGCCGGAGUCUUCCUUUGCGCUGCGGGAUGUAUCGGUGAUUUCUUGGACUGACUGUUACCCCGAGGAUCCCGAUAAGGCUAGAGAACUUGCAACAAGUACCGGUGUUCCUGGACUCCAAAUGUAUUCUGUGGAUGUUUUUACACAUGCUACUUCAGACACGCAAGUUCUCGAUGAAGUCGAUGCUACUCAAGAUAGUCACAGCUUCAGGGUCGAAAUGGAACCCCAACCUAAUGAUUCCGUAAGGGCAUCGAGCGUGACCGACUCGGAGGGUGCUGAUGGGUCUGGUUGGGUAAAAGUGGAAAUAGAGACAGAGAAUCCGGGCCAAACGGACAAUGUAUAA